AUGAAAAUUAGAAAGGAACAGGUUCGAAAUGCAUUGGGGCAUCAAAGAUGUCUCCAACAGAUGCCAUGUGGAGAUGCAUCAAUUAUACCAAUAAAAGGGGAGGAAGAUGAUUUUGGUAAAUUAAUUUUGAGUAAAAGAGGAGCUAUGGAUGAUAAUUGUGACAUAGAAUGUAAAAAGCAAAAAAUAGAUAUUUAUAGAACAGGUGCAAAAUGCCUACCUCACACACAACAAGAUCCAAAGGGAUCUGGUGAAAACUAUCACAUAGUUGGAAAGGUUAGAACAAAGCCUGGCAGAGGAGAUCACACUUUAUCAGUAUCAUGUAGCGAUAAAAUAGCUCGCUGGAUACAUUUAGGCAUUCAAGGUAGCUUACUAUAUAUGCUGUUAUAUGAACCAUUAACAAUUAAACAUUUUAUAUUUGGAGCAGGAGUGCCUUAUUCUGUAGAAACUCUGAAUAGAGCAUUUUUAUUAAGAGAUAGUUAUUUGUCUAUUAAAGAUAGACUGAAGGAAAUUCCAAAAUUUUAUAAAAGCUCAAUAAAAUUCAUUCACACUCGAGGUGCUGUCAAUAUAAGACCUGCACCUGGAAGCAUUGUAUGGGUUAACACAACUGAUAGAUUAGUGGAAGUUGCGGUACAUGGAUUGAAAUUAGGUGUAACUAAGAAGAAAGCUAAUUCUGCAAAUAGUAGUCUGUGUAUAAGUAAAUAUAAUUUAUACAAAAAAUUCCAUGAAGUUAUAUUGAAAAGCAAGGAAUUAAAAACUAAUAUUUGCAGUAGUGAACCACUGAGUAACAUACCAUAUAAUGAAAUGAAAAAGAAGUCAGUCAAAUAUCAAUCACAGUGGAGUAAAAUAAAAGAAGGAUUUUUUAAAACAUGGACAAUGAAACCUGAUAUGUGGAACUUUACUAUAAAAAAU